UGUUGGUAUUUAAAAAAAAAAGGGAGAAAAAAAAAAAAAAAUUCUUUUUAUUUCUUUUGUGGAUAGUUGUCAUUUUGUAUAUUGUCACAAGCUUUUAUUGUUUGUUAUUUUGUGGUUAUUAUUUGAAUUGGUUCCGUAUUAUAAUGUCGAACUCCUUUCGCGUAGAACAUUUGAAUGUGAGAUCGGUGCUGGCACACUUUGAUGAACUUAGGGAUUAUUUGUUGCUUUCUAGAUGUGAUGUGCUUGGUAUCUCAGAGACUUGGUUGAAUGGAAGGAUUGAUGAUCGACUACUACAUGUGGACGGCUAUAACUUCUAUAGAGUUGAUAGACAAUCUAGAGGUGGUGGAGUUGGUUUUUUUAUAAGAGAUUGUUAUUCCUGUAAAAUAAUUCACGUUCAGCCGAUACAGGGAGCUGAGCAGCUUUGGGUUGAGUUGGUCUUGGGAGGGAUGCAUAUAGCUUUUGGUGUUUGUUAUAGACCUCCAAAUUGUGAUCUGAAGCUAUUUCUUGAAGGACUUGAAAGGUCACUUUCUGUUGUAUAUCCCUCAGUUGAUGAGAUAGUUGUUGUUGGAGAUUUUAAUGUUAACUUUUUGGUUGAGAGUCCAUCCACUAUAUCUCUUAAGAGUACCCUUGAGGUGUUUGCCUUGCGUGAGGUUGUUGACGUGCCUUCUAGGAUAUCUAGCUCCUCCGUCUCUCUUAUUGACCUGAUCUUUGUAUCUGGUGCCCUGAUGGUUUCUGAUUGUAAUACGCUUGAUCUUGGUUUCUCUGACCAUCUGUUGAUUUUUUGUGAACUGACAAUUCAAAGAAUUAGGGCUAGAUCCAGGUUUGUUACUUUUCGCAAUUUGCGUAAUAUUAUCAUGGACAAUUUUAAUAGAGACUUAGAUAUUAUGAAUUGGGAGGCUUUAUAUGUUCUCCCCUCUAUUGAUGAAAAGGUCGACUAUUUUAAUGAGGUUUUAAUCUCUUUAUUUGAUGUUCAUGCACCACUCAUUACUGGAACUGUUAAGAAGGACUCUUUGCCGUGGUUUACUAGCAACAUCAGGGAGAUGAUAGGACUUAGAGAGGCUGCCUUGAGGCGUUACAAGAGAACAGGAAAUCCUGUACAUUUUCAAUACUACAAACAGCUGCGUAACUUUGUCACCGGUGCUAUUCGUCGUGAAAAAAAGGCUUUUCUUGAACAGAACUGUGUGGUUGGGGGACCUCGUUCUAUGUGGAGGACAUUGAGAAAGUAUAAUGUUGUUAAGUCUAAUAUUACAGAUUUACCUCCUCAUCUGGCCGAUCCGGACAAUAUUAAUUUGUUUUUUUCUGAAGCUAUUGGUGAUGUUGUUGUUGAACCUGACGCUGAUUUAUUACAUUUUUAUGAUAGAUAUAGAUUAAAUCCUGAAGGUACUACCUUUACUUUCAGUGACGUCUCUGUGGAAUUUGUUGAGCGAAUGUUACUUUCAUUUAAGUCCACUAGUGUUGGUUCUGAUGGAAUUUCCCUGGAUAUGGUUAGGUUGUGCUGUCCUCGUAUUUUGAAUGUUCUUUGCCAUAUAAUUAAUUUCUGCUUGAAAGAGUCAGUUUACCCGAGUGCGUGGAAGUUUGGUUUGGUGACUCCUGUUCCUAAAGCCAAUCCAGUUCCCGGUUCUUUCCAAAGUGUUGGAGAGGAUUAUGGCGGAACAACUACAAUCCUUUUUAAAUUCUAAUCAUAUU